GGCCCCCCGCCCUCGGGAGCGCCCCUGUUCCCGCUCCGAGAGUGCAUCAUACCCGCGCCCAACAGCGGCACCGUGAGAGCAUCCCUGGGCCUCCCCCAAGAAGGGCCCCACUCCAUGCCCAGCUGCAACACUGGGAGAUCCCCCCCGCCCCCAACAGCAGUGCCACAAGACAGCCCUUGUACCCCCGCCAUCCAACAGCGGUGCUGCCAGAGCAGCCCAAUAUCCCGGCUUGACAGGGCCCUGGCUGUACCCCCCACCCAAGAGCACCUCCCAUGCCCCCUUUGAGCAUCCUCAGCCCCCCUGCUGAGAACACCUCCAUGCCUCCUGAUAAUGCUCCCCUAACCACCACCUGGUAGUGAUGGCAGAGGAGUGCCCCUGUGCCCACUGAGAGCACCUCCCAUGCACUUGACAGCAACAGCGUGAGAGCAACCCUGUACACUUGAUAGUGACACCAUGAGUGCUCCCCAUAGCUCCCACCCAAAAACACAUCCCAUACAUCCUGCCCAAAAGUGUCCCUAUAUCCCCAGAGUGCCCCAUGUACCCCCACCCAACAGCGAUGCUGCAAGAGUGACCCCCAUAUCCCCUACCUGACAGUGGCACCACGAGAGUGCCUGUCCCCCCCAAGAGCGACCUCAUUUCCCCCACCUGGCGGAGAUGCUGUGAAAGUGCGCCCCUCACUUGCACUGGGAUGCUUGGAAAGGGUCGCUAGAGUAGGCCCCAUCCAGGCUGUGAGAGGGGUUCUUUCAGGGCCAUGCUGUACCCUUUCAUGGCAGCCCUGACACUUUUUGUACAUAAAUUGCAUGGAUUGGAUUUUAUUUUCAUUCCAUAAUCUGAAUUUCAGAAGAUGUCUGACCCACAGGAGCAGCAGCGGCAGUUUGGAAUCAUGUCCAAAAUCCCUGGUGAGGUCAGAGGCCUAGCCAGAACUAGGUGCCCAUUGUGCACAGAGCUCUUCUUGGCCCCCAAAAUCCUGCCCUGCCUACACACAUUUUGCAUGGCCUGUCUUGAGCAGCUGGAACCCUUUUCAGUGCUUGGCUUCCAGGCAGAGGAUUCAGACUCUACCUCAGAUGGGUCGUGGUUCCAGAAUCAUCAUCAACCAGUGCUCAGCGUCCUUUGUCCUGUCUGUGAUACAGAGGUGGAUUUGCCGCCAGGUGGCAUUACUGACUUGACCACUGACCACCUGGCCAUGAAUGAGGUGCUACUGGAAACCCUGCAGGCGCAAGACCCAGGAAUGCUGUGUGAUCUCUGUGUGGAUGGGGAAGCCGUGAAGCACUGUCCCACCUGCAGAGCCAAUCUCUGCCACUUCUGCUGCCAGGCUCACAGGAGACAGAAGAAAACAGCUUCCCAUGCUGUGGUGGAUCUAGAGGACCUGAAGGGCUAUAGCUGGACUGAGAAGUCCAUUCUGUGCCCUUCCCACCCUUCAGAGGAGCUGACGCUGUUCUGUGAGCAGUGUGAGCAGCCUGUGUGCCGGGAUUGUGUGUUGGGCAAGCACCGGCAGCAUCCAUAUGCCUUUACUGCCAAUGUCAUCCACAAACAUGGAGAUUCCAUGCGGGACCUCCUCAAGAGCACCCAGCUGCAUGUGGACACCCUAGAAGGGGCCCUACACCAUAUUGAAGGAGUCAGCAGUGCCAUCUGCAGUCGUGUGGAGGCAGUGGCUGGGGAGAUCCGCACAUUUGCAGAUGGAUACAUAAGGGCUAUUGAAGAACACCGGGACCGGCUGCUGAAGCAGCUGGAAGACUUGAAGGUGCAAAAGGAGACCCUGUUGCACUUACAGAAGGCACAGCUGGAGCAGCUGCUGAUGGACAUGAGGACUGGGGUGGAAUUCACUGAGCGCCUGCUGACCAGUGGCUCAGACUUGGAGAUCCUUAUCACCAAGGGAGUGGUGGCGAGCCGGCUGAGAAAGCUGAAUAAAGUGGAUUAUAGCAUCCACCCUGGAGUGGAAGAUGGGAUCCAGUUCUCUCCCCAUGAAAAGGCUGGCCAGUGCUGCGGCUAUGAGGUUUUUGGGACCAUUCUCAAUAAGGCAGUUGAUCCAGCCAAAUGUGUCCUGCAAGGGGAAGAUCUCCACAGUGCCCGUCAGAAGCAGCUGGCCAGUUUUACUCUGCUGUGUAAUGAUGCAUCGGGAGAGCAGAUGAGGAGAGGAGGAGAGCCCAUCCGGGUCACAAUUAUCCAUAAAGACAAGAAGGACUGUAUAAUCAAGCCCAGUGUGUGUGAUAGGAGGGAUGGGACUUACCACAUUUCCUACAUCCCUGAGGAGCUGGGCACAUACACUGUCUGCAUCUGUGUCAAAGGACAGCAUGUACAGGGCUCACCAUUCACUCUGACUGUGAAGAACAAAUUCCGCAAACACCAGGGCUUGUUUCAUUGUUGCACGUUCUGCUCCAGUGGAGGCCAGAAAGCCGCUCGCUGCGCUUGCGGUGGGACCAUGCCAGGUGGUUACCAAGGCUGUGGUCAUGGUCACAAAGGUCACCCCGGCUGUCCCCACUGGUCCUGCUGUGGCAGAGCAAUUGAAAACUCCGAGUGCUCAGCUGUGCCGCCUGGUGACAACUUGCCGAGAAGCCUGCUCAAAACUGUGGUGCUCUGACUGGCGGGAGAGUCUCCUAGAGCUCAAGGGGUCUCCGCUGGCUGGGACUCAGGCCUAAACCAACAGAAGUGCAGUUACUGUCACGUGGCCGUCAUUGCCAGGGAGCACCUUACCAAGGUACAGAGCUGCUGUGUGGACUGGAGAGGGAGACAAGUUAAAAUAAAAAUGUGCCUUAUAGUCCA